GGCGACUCGACCGGGCGGAAGAAGGUCGAGCCGAAGCAGUUUCCGGUUCCGGUGUCAGUUCGAGGCGCCGCCGCCGCCGCCGCCGCCGCUGAAGCCGCGAUGCCUAAAGGAGGGAAGAAGGGGGGCCACAAAGGCCGGGUGAGGCAGUACACGAGCCCAGAGGAGAUCGACGCCCAGCUGCAGGCUGAGAAGCAGAAGGCUCGGGAAGAAGAGGAGCAAGAGGAAGGUGGAGAUGGGGCUGCAGGUGACCCCAAAAAGGAAAAGAAAUCACUAGACUCUGACGAAAGUGAGGAUGAAGAUGAUGACUACCAGCAAAAGCGCAAAGGCGUGGAAGGGCUCAUCGACAUUGAGAACCCCAACCGAGUGGCACAAACAACCAAAAAGGUCACACAACUGGAUCUGGAUGGGCCAAAAGAACUUUCCAGGAGAGAACGAGAAGAAAUUGAAAAGCAGAAAGCAAAAGAGCGUUACAUGAAAAUGCAUUUGGCUGGGAAGACAGAGCAAGCCAAGGCUGACCUUGCCCGACUGGCAAUUAUCCGGAAGCAGCGGGAAGAGGCAGCAAGAAAGAAAGAGGAAGAGAGGAAAGCAAAAGAUGACGCGACCUUGUCAGGAAAACGAAUGCAGUCGCUGUCCCUGAACAAGUAAGCGCAGCCUGUGGGAGGACAUGCUGGGCAGAUAGGCCGUGCCACCGGACCGCUCCGUCUCGCCUGCCCUGUGCCUGGCACUACUACAGCAGCCCCUUACAGCCUGGGGCCGCCUCUUCAUCUUGGCACAGAAAUCGGUGGGGGCGGGGGGAGGGGCAGCUGCUGUUUUGAGGCAAAAAGAUGCAGGACAGCAUCUCAUAUGUAACCAUUUGAAUGUUUUUGCUGUUUUUAGAAAUCAGAACCCUUGUUGGGGGGAGGGGUGCCAGGGAGGCGGGGUAAGAAGAGCUUCCAUUUGUCUGGUAGAUGCACGUUAGUGGGCGGUUGUGCCAGAGGCAGCUGCUGACAGACCUGACAGCCGGCCCUGGUCUGUGCUGCCUGGGUGCUCACUCAGAGGGGCUGUUUGUCCAGAAGUCUGGGACCAUAGGUCCCUGAAGACCAUGGCUUAUCCCUGGCCAGUCCCCUCCAACUCAGGCCCCUCCGCUCAGCCUUUCUCUGCUCCACUCCCACCCAUCUGGCCAGGGUCCAUGCCCACUCUUAACCCUACCCAUGAAUCAUUUCAAGGAACCUCUGUUUACUGUGCAGCACCCAGGCAAGACAUGCUCCACAAAGUCAACUUGUAUAUUUGGCAGAUUAAACUUGACAUUAUCAUA